AUGGCCGCCCCCGUCCUCCCCCUCCCCCAAGUAAAACUCCCCUCAAUCCCUUCAACCCGCCUAACCCCCGAGCAACAAUACUGGCGCUCCUUCAAAAACCCCCUCCUCCUCCCUUCCCCCUCCAACAGCCCCAUAAACCACAUCUCCCAACCCUCUGCCCCCUCCGCCCCCUCCUCAACCUCCUCCUUCGCCACCUCCACCGCCCUCAACACAACACCCCCUGACCUCUUCACCGUGACGACAGGCUCCCGCGUCCAACUCCACUCAAUCCGUACCCGCAAGCUGCUAAAAACCCUCACCCGCUUCGACGAUAUCGCUCGCUGUGCCGACAUCCGCGCCGACGGCCGCAUCCUAGCUGCCUCAGAUGAUUCAGGCACAAUCCAGCUCUUCGACAUAAACAGCCGUGCCAUCUUGAAGACGUGGCGCGAGCAUAGCAAGUUGCCUGUGUGGGCUGUGCGGUUUUCGCCGGCCGACCCGACGGUGCUGGUCAGUGCGGGCGAUGAUAGGGUUGUGAGGCUGUGGGAUUUGCCGAGUGAGAGGAGUGUGAGGGGCUUCGUGGGGCAUGGGGAUUACGUGAGAUGUGCGGGGUUUAUGCCGGGGGUGGGAGCUGGGAGCGCGGGCGGAGGUGGAGGGGGGAAUUUGUUGUUUUCAGCUGGCUAUGAUGGGAUGGUGAAGAUAUGGGAUUCGCGCGCCACGGGGAGGAGCGUUAUGACUUUCCAAAUGCGCGGGGCGGUAGAGAGUGUCCUGCCCCUUCUGUCCGGUACAAUGGUUCUUGCUACCGCUGAAAACCGAAUCGCUGUCCUUGACGUCGUGGCUGGAAAACCCCUGCACAUCAUAAAAAGCCACCAGAAGACCGUGACAGCCCUAUCCCUAGCCUCUGGCGGCCGGCGAGUCGUCAGCGGUGCAUUAGACGGGCACAUGAAAGUCUUCGAAACAACAGGCUGGAACGUCGUCGGCGGCUCCAAAUACCCCUCCCCUAUCCUAUCUCUCGGCGUAAUCACCACCGGUCACGACAGGGAAGACAAACACAUCGCCGUCGGCAUGCAAUCGGGCCUCCUAUCCAUCCGCACUCGACUAUCAGGCGCACAGAAGGUCCGCGAGCGCGAACGGGCGCGAGAAAUGCAAGCCCUUCUCGACGGCAAGCUGGAUGAACAUGACAAGCGCGUGACGAAGCUACAAAAGAAGAAGCGCGGAAGGGGCUGGGAAAAGCGGCUGCGCGGCAUGGAUUUCAUCGGCGAGGGCGUCGAUAUCGUCAUUGAUGCACAGGACCCCGCGUCAGCAUCUCACAAGCGCAAACGCGAACAGCCCUGGGAACUCGAUUUGCGCAAGGGCCGCUACGCAGCGGCCCUCGAUGCCGUCCUUUCCACUUCUUCCAAAACCACGGGCGCAAAUAACAAGCUCAACAUCCUCACCCUCCUCACAGCUCUACGGCACCGGUCGGCGCUACGAGCGGCGCUUUCGGGCCGCGAUGAAGUUACGUUGCAACCCAUUUUGCAGUGGGUUUAUAAAUCCAUUACGGAUCCGAGGGUUGUGGAUAUUUGUGUUGAGGUUGCGAUGAAUGUGUUGGACAUUUAUUCGGGGAAUUUGGGCCAGUCUGUUGUUUUUGAUGGGCUUAUUGAGAGGUUGCAUGCUAGGGUUAGGGAGGAAGUGGAUCGGGCGCAGCAGGCGUGGAUGACGAAGGGGAUGUUGGGGAUGUUGAGGGUUAGUGCUUAG